AUGUCCACCCCCCCGCCCGACCAAGUCCCCGCCGAAGGAGCCCAAGGGGCCGACGCCCCCGUGGAAGAGAAGAAGCUCUACACCCUCGAGACCCUCGCCGAGCACAAUGACCGCGAGAGUCUGUGGAUGUUGUUGCACGACAAGGUGUAUGACAUUACGGCGUUUAUGGAUGAGCACCCUGGUGGCGAUGAAGUACUCAUCGAAGAAGCUGGACGCGACGCGACAGAAGCGUUUGAAGAUGUCGGCCACUCUGAUGAAGCCCGGGAUAUGCUGUUGAAGAUGUACUUGGGAGAGUUCCAGGGCGAGAAGAAGGACAAGUCAAAGGGAUCUGCCGCUGGUACUUCUACAGACUCGUCAGAGGGCACAUUCCCCAUGUGGACCCUUCCCCUUGCGGCUUCCAUCGCUUUCCUCGCUUGGCGAAUCUUCCUCGCCUAG